AUGCCUGUGCCCUCGUAUGGCUAUAUGCCUGUGCCCUCGUAUGGCUAUAUGCCUGUGCCCUCGUAUGGCUAUAUGCCUGUGCCCUCGUAUGGCUAUAUGCCUGUGCCCUCGUAUGGCUAUAUGCCUGUGCCCUCGUAUGGCUAUAUGCCUGUGCCCUCGUAUGGCUAUAUGCCUGUGCCCUCGUAUGGCUAUAUGCCUGUGCCCUCGUAUGGCUAUAUGCCUGUGCCCUCGUAUGGCUAUAUGCCUGUGCCCUCGUAUGGCUAUAUGCCUGUGCCCUCGUAUGGCUAUAUGCCUGUGCCCUCGUAUGGCUAUAUGCCUGUGCCCUCGUAUGGCUAUAUGCCUGUGCCCUCGUAUGGCUAUAUGCCUGUGCCCUCGUAUGGCUAUAUGCCUGUGCCCUCGUAUGGCUAUAUGCCUGUGCCCUCGUAUGGCUAUAUGCCUGUGCCCUCGUAUGGCUAUAUGCCUGUGCCCUCGUAUGGCUAUAAUACUACAACAAUGGAUACUCUGCUAGCACCUUCACUGAGCUUUGAGCCAGGUUUUUUCUGCCUCCAGAGUGAUUGGUUCAUCACAGAUGAGCACACUACCCAGUGUGCGCCAGUGGGCCAUGAGGAGACCAUCAUAGGGGCUUCUGGGAAAUAA